GCCUGCCACCCCAAAACACUGCCACUUUUUUCCAACGGGCGUGCCAGUGCCCUCGAUUCUGAUUGAGGUGCAAACUCGAACCCACCCCAAGACCAAAACUAAGGCCACGCCACAUCUCAGCUACAGCCCCAUUCGCUUUUCUGGUGGGAGCCCUGCCGAAACCGUCGAUCAGCUUUGGGCCGAAACCUCGACCACCAACAAUAACACUCUCAGCUAGCAGCAAACUCAGCUAGCAGCAAACUCAGCGAGCAGCAAACUGGCACUGCACUACGACUGUUGCAGCUCCAACCCGCGCCUUGCCCGAACUAGCCUCGGGUUGAUCCCGACCGCAACAAAAAUCGACUAUUGAGCUUUCUCUCUCUGCUCAUUGUCUGGAUACCCCAACUCUGCUGAACAAACGACUGCGACUCGCAGUCACGGCAGAUCAGCCUGCCCCGACUCCCGUCGCUGCUUGCGGCAAAUUGCGCCCGCCCUCGAGACCAAUUGUUCGCCGCCGAGGCGUCCCCCCACGAAUUUUAAUCCCGUCCCUGCAUACGCUAGGCCAUUUGUCUGCAGCGGCAGCGGGGAGGGGCUCAAAGGCACACCGGCCGUCAAUCCGCGCCAUCGCCUGCCUCGUGACGGCGGAGAGCUGUGAGGAUCGGCCAGCGAGACGACUGAGAGAUUGUACGACGAAAAAAAAAGCACACACGCGCGCGCGCGCUCUCAGCAUGUCCUACGACGGAUAUCAACAACCGCCCCCGCGCGGAUACAACGGCCCGGGACCGGGCGUCCCACGACCACCGCCUCAGCGUCAGUACCCUCCAGGCCCGGGCGGCCCUCCGCAGAGGCAGUUCACCGCUCCGCCUGCCCAGCAGUACGACCAAUACCAGGACGGUUACGAUGACGGCUAUGGAUACAACGACUACGGCGGUGGCAGAGGAGGAGGAGGUGGCGGAUACGGGCCGGAAUACGACCAGUACGAUGACCGGAACUACCAGAGGGGACCGCCGCAACAAAACUAUCCUCCGCAGGACUACUACGGCGGCGGCCCGGGUCCUGGACCUGGACCUGGGAGAGGUCGUCCGUUUCCGGGACCUAACGGGCCUGGUGGACCUGGACGAGGCGCGCCGUUUCCCACACGCGGCGGCGGCCCUGGUCUUGGUCUUGGGAGGGGAUUCCAUAACGGACCUCCAGGCCGCGGACCGCCUGGGCCGGGUCGUCCGAUGGAGAGGUCUGCAACCGCUGACCCAAUUUCAUCCCGCAACAAUCGCCCUCCGAUGAGCCCACAGGACACUGGCUUUGGUGGGAGCCCCUUUCCGGCACUUCCCGGCCACAACCGCAAAACGGAUUUGGAUGAAGAGAAUACAAUCAUCCAGCGGAUGGGAGGCUUGGCGCUCGCGCCAGAACGAAUAGACGGCGGCGGCCCGGCACCGGACGGGCCUCGCGGUGGUCCUCCGCCGCAGCGGGGGUUCGGCCAAGGCGACUAUCCCGAUCAGUGGCGCGGCCCGGGCGGCCCCGAUCAAGGAUACGGUCCUCGUGGCGACUAUGAAGACGAGGGCCGAUUUGGCCCACCGGGGCGGACGAUGACCAUGCCAAACGUGGAUCCCCGAGGUGGUGGCAUGCGCCCUCCGCCGGCUCCCAUGCGCGCCGACACGCAAACAUUUAACGGGCCAGGACCCGGCGGGCCGGGGCCUCGUAUGCCUCUGCCGUCGCGACCGUCGACCGCACAAGGCAUGCGUGGCCCUCCGCGCAAUCCCCCGACGAACCCCCCGCCACUGCCACAAGGUGGUCAGUACCAAGGCGGCGGCGGAUACGACGGGCCUGGCUACGCAGACCAGGGCCAGCAGAGGCCAGCUUCUAUCGACGACUUUUACGAUUAUUACGGCGGAACUCGAGAGAAUGAGUACCAAGACAACCGUGCCUCGUCCAUGUCAGAGGGACAGAACUACCGGCCGAUGCCUCCGCCCAACGGCAGACCGUUAUUAGACCAGAACUAUCCCCCGGGACGACCUUCGUUGGAUCAGAAUUAUGCCCCUGGUCGCCCAUCGCUAGACCAGAACAUGCCCCCAAGUCGUCCCAGCCUGGAACAACGAGGCCCAGUGAGGCACCCGGAGAUGAGCAGGACCAAGUCCCAGCCUGAUCUAAGGCAACCUCAGGCUGCCGUGUUCGAGAUGGUAGGCGACAUGCCCGCUAUCCCAGACCAGUACAAGCCAUAUCAGCCUGGCGGCGGUCCCAUGAACGGCCCCGGUGGUGGCCCUGGUGGCGGCCCCGGCGGCUUUGAUCCUAGGCAACCCCAGGGCUUUGGCCUCAACGGCCCUGCGCCCGCCAGGCAUGGGAGUGGCGCAUCGACACAAUCGGCGCCCAUGGCGAUGGGCGGAGGGGACUCGCUACCGGCACACCCUGCCCCUAUACGGCCUGGCUUGAUGCCAAACUCGGUGGCCAACCAGAUGGUCAACAAGCCACCGCCGGUGCGCCAAUACAACAACACGCCUCCAAACGCAAACUUGGCGCCGCCGCCCCCUGCGUCCAUCAGCCACGGCCCGCCGCAGCAGCAGGCCGCUGAGCAGAAGACGCCCGUAACAAUGGGAGAGCUGGAGUCCUUGAGAGGUAUCAUAAAGGCGGACCCCAACGACCAGGAUUCGGCGCUCAAGCUCGCCAAGAGGCUAGUGGAGGCCAUGGAUGUGCUGGUGCCCGGCAUACCAGAUCCUCGGGGGCGGGCCAAGGCGCGUGACCGGUACGCGACAGACGCCCACAAGAUCCUGAAGAAGCUAGCCCACGCCCAGAACGCGGGGGCCAUGUUCUUCAUGGCCGACUGCCUUGGGCGCGGCGUCUUUGGGGCCGAGCCCGACAACAAGGAGGCCUUUACGCUAUACCAAUCGGCGGCCAAGCUGGGUAACGCCGCGGCGGCAUACCGGACGGCCGUCUGCUGCGAGAUUGGGCACGAGGAGGGCGGAGGCACGCGCAAGGACCCGCUCAAGGCGAUACAGUGGUACAAGCGGGCGGCCAUGCUGGGAGAUACCCCGGCCAUGUACAAGGUCGGCAUGAUUCUCCUCAAGGGCCUGCUCGGCCAGCCCAAGAACCCGCGCGAGGCGGUGGGCUGGCUCAAGCGGGCAGCAGAGCGGGCCGACGCCGAGAACCCUCACGCGCUACACGAGCUGGCUCUGCUGUACGAGAGCGCGCAGCCCAACGACGCGAUCCUCCGGGACGAGGCGUACGCGCUGUCGCUGUUCAAGCAGGCGGCGGACCUGGGCUACAAGUUCAGCCAGUUCCGGCUGGGAGCGGCGUACGAGUACGGGCUCAUGGGCUGCCCCAUAGACCCGAGGCUGUCCAUCAUGUGGUAUUCCAAGGCGGCGACCCAGGAGGAGCACCAGAGCGAGCUGGCGCUGUCGGGUUGGUACCUAACGGGCAGCGAGGGCGUGCUGACCCAGAGCGACACCGAGGCCUACCUCUGGGCGCGCAAGGCGGCGCUCGCGGGCCUGGCAAAAGCCGAGUACGCCAUGGGUUACUUCACCGAGGUCGGCAUCGGCGUGCCGGCCAACAUGGAAGACGCCAAGAGGUGGUACUGGCGCGCUGCUGCCCAGGACUUCCCCAAGGCGCGCGAGCGGCUCGAGGACCUCAAGCGGUCCGGUAAAAACGGACCCCGGCAACGCGAGCGCAUUUCGCGCAGCAUCCCCAAGCAGGAGGGAGAGUGUGUUGUCAUGUGAGGAAGGCAAGUGCGAGUCUCUUGAGCUGGAACAAGCCGGCGAGCGAGCUCCAACGCUAUCUCGGCUGCGCUGGACGGUACUUGGCUGGAGGUUUUUUUCUUCUUCUUCUUGUUUCUUUCUAGAAUUCGCUGGUGAAUCACCGAUGGCGGCCCGCCCCUUGUCCAGUCACCGCCCCUUUUUGUCCAGACUUUUAUUUCAUCCAAGGAGGCCUUGUUUAUAAGGCUCGGAUCGGGCGUGCCAUAUAAUACUAUUCUUUCGGAAUUUGGGCGUGAUGCAAAUUUUCAGGGGACGGAACAAGAAUGCAUAGGCGGACGGGCGACAGAGAAUAUACCCCCGAGGUGGCAAUGAAAGGCACGGGAGAAUGUGGCAGUGGGCAAAGGGAGAAUGACCUAGUAGAAAAUCGAGGAUUGUCACUAGGAAACAAAUGGUGUCUCUGGGUUGUUUGGAUGAUGUGACAUUAGAUACGUGGCACAGAAGAAGCGUGCGUGCGUUGCCUGCCCGCCAAGCUGGCUGAGAGACGCCUGUGAUCCUUUCGGCGUGCCCUAGGUG